AGACAGACCGGCGACAAUCUACGUCAGGCAUAAACGUGUUAAUAUUUCUGAAUAAAAAAAUAAAAAUUUACCAAUUAGGUAGACUUCACUGGAUUAAAAAAAAACAUUUGUAUUUACUCAAAUCACAAUUUAAUAUGCAUUCGGUAUGUUCAACGGUGAAAUUGCAGGCACUACUUUACUGUCCUAUUCCCUCUAGAGUUACACUGAAUUAGCUGUAAGUAGUUUGACUUUUGAUUUCAAUUAAACAUAGAAAAAGCAUUUUGUUCAAAUUCCAUCCCUUUUCUCUUUGAGAGAUAUAUUUUUCACAAGAACACUUUUUUAUCACUAUGAUAGGAUAAUGGUGGGGUUAGAAAAUCGGCGCAUGACUGCCAAUGUUAACCAACCUUGUUGCAGCCCGCAUUAAACAAUGUAUGUGAAUGUGGGUCACAGACCUGGUUGUUUGUUUACGCCAAACCGUUUAUAUACGUGUGGUUGUGUGUCUGUGAGUAUAUUCUUUAAAAAGUGAGACAGAAUAUGACAGCAGGACGUAAAGUUUACUAGGAAUCUUUGUUUAUGUGUAGUAUACAUAGGAGUAGGUAGGUGGGUCAAUUGAAUGGCGAGGGGCAGGUGAACGAAUUUCUAACUUUUGAUACGCCAAGUCGGACAAAAUUCAUCCCUUUCUACCCUCAUUUCACUAUUCUCAUAACCAUUAUUAUUUUUACUACUACUGUUACUACUACAACUACUUAUGUUAUCACCUAAUGUUAUAAGAAAAAGACGAUAAGAGCUAUUGUGUCGGACAUUAAAAAUUAGCAAUAAAUUCUAUCCUUUCUCAAAAGAACUAAACGGUGGUUAAUUAAACCAGACGAACGGGAAGAGGGAAAUAUUAGUUCUCAAUUCUUUUUCUAGAAAUUCUACGAAAUAAACAAGUAUACACACCGUAGUAAAACAACCGAAUAUACAACAGCAGUUUACGUAUGUGUGUCUACACAAUAAGAAGGAACAAAAGACAAUCAACAAACAUCACUGCUUUCUUGCUUCAUUAUUUAAUGUAACUGAGAUAUAUAACUUCAUAAACAGAAAUUCCCUGUUUCAUCCCCCUUAAAACUAGUCAAAUAAACCAUCUAGUGACCAUUGAUAUUUAAAACAGUACUUCAACUGGAAUUCGUAAUUCGGAGCAACUUCUAUCUAGAAUUUUCUGUCUAUCAAAUCGGAAAAAAGGAUUGACGAUAGGAGGUAACCAGCUUUACACUUCUCUUGUAUAUUCCAAUUUGACAAUGUCAGUUAAUCAUGAUACUUACAAACUAUCAUCAUUAUUAUCAGAUGAUUUGAAAAAUUUCAAUCAGCAAACUCACAACAAAAAUUGGCUAACAUUAUACAACUCUGAGAACAUAUGGCCAUCUAAGUGUGAUAAUUUAAUUGAUUAUAAUUUGGAUAAUAGAUGUGAAACAGCAUCAUGCUCAUCUACUGUAGCUAACUGGAAUAAAAGCUUACCAAAAGAAGACUUUUGUCCAUUACAACAAUCGAAUCUCUUUGAAGGUAUAAAUACGAUCUAUUCAUUACAGAAUACUAAUCCAUCCAAUUGUAGCACACAUAACAACAUCAAUGGAAGCAUAGUCGAUUAUUCUUUAUAUCCAUCAGUAAAUGAACAAAAAGCUACAUCACUGAUUUCAACUGGAUUGUCUGCUUUACCACCAUCGAAUUAUUGUUCUAAUUCAGUCCAAUCUGUAAACUAUCAAAAUAUGCAUGAAAUUUCUGUAUCAUCUAGUAUUUUCAGGCGUAUCUAUAAACCAACGGAUUGUAGCACAAAUACUGUUACCAGUGAUGGACGUUUAUUAAAACGUAGGUAUACAAAAAAUCCUUUAAAUGUAUCUCGAAGAUAUGGUGGGAAAUAUUUACGAAAGAAAAUGACGACAAUAAUAAAGAGUUCAGUCAUUGUAAAGUUCAAAAUACUGACAAAAGUGUUACCAAAAAAGACAGUAAAUACAGUGCUCCUCAGGCAGAUUCUACUUGUCAGUUGACUACAAAUACUUUAUUAAAUGAAACUUAUCCAUUAACUAAAGAUAUUACUCAACAAAAUAAGAACUCAUUGGCAAGAAGAAACUUCGAUAUAGAUAACUACGUGAAAGAUAGGAAUUGUGAUAAAGUAACAUCUUCUACGUCUAUGUCUGCACGUUCAAAACGUAACACAAAGAUCGAAGAUGAAGAUGCAGCCAAUACAGUUAAAUGUGAUAAUACUGACGUUAAAAAAGAUGUCACAGUUACUGGUGCGGCUUAUAAAUACUUAACAUGGCGUGAAAAGGAUCGUAGACGAAGAUUUCGAGAAGAAUGGAAACAUUUAUGGCUUGUUAUACCACAUGGACUUUAUGAGGUGAUGUGUCUUGUUUGUCAUAAAGUGAUGACUCAAAGAAAAGUGGACACAAUCAAACGGCAUACAGUUCGCAGGCAUGCAGAAUUAUUAGGAAUGUCUCAAGUAGAAAGGGAGAAUCUAUUCAAUGAGUUAAUGAGACGGUUUAAUAUGCAAGAAGUUACAAAAUACAAUUCAUCCACUUAUACACCUAGUAAAUCACCUAAAAAGUUGAAUGAACCAUGUGAUUCUACUUUCCUAAGAAAUCCACAUGGAUUCUCAAAUGUGAAUGAGUUGAAUGGAGUAUCAAAAAACUGUUUACUUAACACAUCAAUUUGCCUAGAUGGUAGGAUUUCGGAACUGCAUAACAUCGGAACUGUGAGUACAUCAAGUAACUGCCUUAUAGGCAACUCACUGAAUUUCCAACCUUUAUUAAACGCAAGGAACAAAAAUUCGCAUUCAAGACAUAUUCAAUCAGUAAAACCAACCCGCAGAUGUGCAAUAAAUUCCUUUCCUUACGGAAAUAAAUUUUUACCAAGAACUCCACAAAAUGAAGAUACUAUUGAAAAUUUGAACAACCUACCGUCAAAACCAGUAACAAACAGAUAUAAUUCUUUAGAGUUCAUUACAAAUUCAUUCGCCUCAGAAACAUCUGUACCAAAAACAUCAAAUAACUUUCAUAAUCCCUCAGAUUAUUUUAUAUUUGGGAACAAAAUAAAAAGUCCAACAUUGAAUUCAAAAUCAAUCCCUACUGAUCAUUCACUCCUUACCCCAAUGAUUCCACCACUGUUACCAAUUUCCUUAGAAUUUCCAGUUUCUACAUCUUUCGCUGCCUCGACUUCUGGUACACAGAGUGUCAAUAACAUCAAUUCACACGGUUCGAUGUGUUUUCAGUCACUUCCAUCAAGUAAUCCAUCAAAAUUAUCAUCGUCAUUCCAGUUACUUGAAUCAUUUCCCAUAUUUCGUAAUUUAAACAAAUUAUCUACUCUCAGUCAGCAUAAUAAUAAUCCUAUGAAUUGUAACAAUGGAGGCAUUGGUUUCAAUUCUAAUAAUGCCGACAAUAAUAGUCCAUCAGUUGAAGAUCAUGAAAAUUUUCAUUUUGAUUCACCAGUUAAACAAAAUGUUGUAAAUAAUCAAAAUAACUUAUUUAAUCUGAAAUUAGGAUCCGCAGCAACUGCGGACAUCAACAACACAUCAGUGAGCAGUUAUGUUAACGAUAGACAUGCAAAUACACAACAAUCUACAUCUUCAGAUGUAAGCCAUAAUUCUCGGUGUACAUCAUUUUCAUCAUCGUGUUCACAUAAUGUUCCUAAUCUCACUACUUCACCAUCACUACAACUUAUGAUGAACUAUUUGGUAACAGCUCUGGCAAAUACUUCUAAAACUUUAAAUCAAGAAGUCUAUGAUAUGGCAUUCGAAAACUUGGCUAAAAUUGUUUCAAAUAUUUCGUCGAAUACCGAGAAAACCUGCAUAUUUCCCACUCACCUAUUAAAUCCUAACCUAAUGAAAAACUAUUCAACUGAUCUCAAUACUUGUCACAAAGAUGGUAUACCCACUUCCAAACGAGAGGAAACAGUUACUAACCUUUCAAAUCAAACUCAUUUCCAACAGUUUCAUCAACCACAGAGUUCAAAAGAUUACAACACCAAAAAUAAAUCAAGUCCACAUUGUAAUAAGUUCACUAUUUCAUCUUUAUUGAACACAGACGAUCAUUUAACACUAAAAAGAACCGUAAAAGCUGCAACUAGAGUUAAUCAGUUAAGUCCUGAUAUUCCAAAAAAGAAUGAGAUCUCUCAAACUGUCAAACAUAUAAAUUCAUCUUUACAAUAUGAUUACGAAAAAUCCAAUGUUGAACAAAUUUCACCAUGUACUUCAUAUCUUCUUUGUAACUUAAAGAGUGGAAAUACUGAUCCUUAUGAACUAAACACAAAGUUUUCAUCCAGUAACUUGAAUCAAAACAAUACGCAUAUAUUUCAUAACGAUUCUUUUGACAAUGAGAAAGAAAAGCGGUCGUUUUUAACCAACUUGUUUGACCCACCUAAAACUUUUGAUAGCAACAAAAUAUCAGAACAGAAUAGUAAUCUUAAUGAAACCUACCAAAUGUACAAAGAUAUUUUUGAAGGUAACAGUCACUCUAAUGGUCAGAUACAGUUAAGUUCUUUCUUAAAUCCAAACAUUCUACAGAGUCAAGAUGUGGGAACAUUUGAAGCUUAUAUGAAAUUUUUCUACCUUGAAUUACUUAGACAGCAUUAUGAUAAUAUUCCAAAAAUCAAUCACUCCACGAACACUGGAUCAAGAUCAGAACCCUCUCCAGCAAGUGAAGGAAGUAUACGGACUAAUGUCAUAACUUAUUCAGAUGAACAUAACAAAUCAUCCGUGAAUGAUUAAUAUUCAAUAAACAAUGGAGGAAGUCAAUUUAAUCACAGAAAAGAAUUCUUCGCUUUCACUAGCCAUAUGCAAAAAAAGUGUUUGGUUUACUUUAUUGAAAUGAGUAUUUUGAAACAUAAUUAUUUGGAGAUGGAUUGAAAUUGCACGGGAAUAUCAAAGUUCAUGGAUUUGGAUUGUUUUUUGGAAAGUAUUCUAUACAGGUAUCACAUGUAAAACGAUGGAGGAGAACAAACAGACAGUAGAAAGAAGAAUGGUAUGAAUAGGAGUAAGUUCUUCAUACUAAACAUUCAAUACUAUAACAUGAGAUGAAUAAAUGAUUUGUUUCACGUACUGACUCUAAAAACCGGUGUUUUAGAAGUCUAUCAACUCUUUCUUCUCAUGGGAUAUGUUAUUUAAUAGACAGUUCAUUCACUUGAUAUCUGAAUGAUACAAGAAAUAGUCUGUGAUCCUGGUUUAUUUUUUGAAAGAUUACAUGAUGAAUUGAAAACUUUUACUCAUUCUUAUGCAUUUUAGCAAAUUCACUUAUCAGUAAUUUCUAAUUUGAAGGUAGAAUAAUUUCAUUGUAUAAUUGUUCUCAAUAACUUUGUAAAUUAUUCACCUAAUUCUUUAUGCAUUUUACUUUUUCAAUGAAUGUAUAGUUUUCCCCCAAAUUGAUGUACAUGAAACCUUUCAUAUUUUAUACUCACUUGUUGUACAGAUUAUCUACUAAUGAUAAAUUUUUUUUCUAAGAUUUCAAUGUUUUCCUUCUUUCAAAAAGGCAAUAAAAUUAUGUACUUCA